UAGACACAGCCCAAUAUUUUAAGCAGGUUGAGGAGAGAAAGAACAUCUCUUACUAAACAUAUAACACGUACAUCUUUUAACACUGUAAUAAAAAGGAGUGUUUGUCUGCAGCUGUGUCUAAGUGGCCUGAGUGAUCGCAGCAGACUGCAGGCCAACGCAGCAAUCCUCGGUGUGUCGCUUCUCAUGGAGGAUGUCCUGAACAGUGGGAGAGAGGCAGAGCCUGUUCGUCUCCAUGGCAACAAAGAUGACCUUCUGCAUGAUGGGAAACCUAAUGAAGGAGAUAAAAGUUGCUCGGAAGCUGAAAAAGAAGAGAAGACAACUUGUGUGUCAAGCUCCAACCCACCUCCUCAGGAUCCAGUUCAAGUCCAGUCUGUGCUGAAAGGUUUCCUCCUGCUGAUGAAGCAGCUUCAGGUCUUCAAGGAGAGUUGGGCUCGAAGACGUUUGGGUGUGGAGGUGUCCUGCACGCCCAGUCUGUAUCAGCAGACUGUGAAACUUUACAGGGAUGAAAUCUUUUACCCCAGUAUGAAAUCUCUGGCGCAACAAAUGGGUAAGGAGCGUGACUAUGAGAUCUUAGUUUAUGGCACACAGUCUCUCCUGCCCCCUCCUGGAGCUGCAGAGGUUGAUGUGAAAACCUGGCAGCUUCACAAAUUGCUGGAGAGCACUGAGUGUGACAUGAUCAGAAUGGUACAAAGGAGGAUCAACAGAGAGUUGACGCUGGUGGUUUCUGAGCGAACACGACAAGACACGCACCUCCCCACAGAGCUGUGGAAGAAAGUCCCUCUGAAGUACAGUCUGUCCCCAGAGCGGCCGCAGAUUGUGGAGACAUUCAUACAGCAACUGAUGGACGGAGUCGAAGAAGCUGAGGGACAGCUGAGGGUCUCUCAGGGGCAUCUCCAGCAGUGUCUCACUCACCUUGGCUCUUCUCUGAUGGAGCGAGAGUGUUGCUGCUUCCUGCUUUACUCGCAGUUUUAUGAACGAAUCCUGCAGCAGGAGACUCAGCUCCUCUACCAGAGAGAACAGGAUUUAAAGAAUCUUAAGGACUCUCAGACACACAGCUCCCACAUAGAGGAGGUGUCUGUUUUAUGUCGUGGGAUGAUGUUGGAGAUCUCAGCACUGCAGGCUCAGGUUGCUCACCUGGAAGAAGAAAGGACUUCUCUAGAAGAACAGUUCAGUCUGAAAUUUAAAGAACGUUACGACCUUUUAGUGCGACAACUCUUCUCCACCUGCAUUCAGCUAAAGGCCAGACUUGAUGAGUACCACCGGCAGAUGGAACGGGAUGUGAGUGAGAUUGUGAACAGAACAAGAGAGGAGGGAGUGGACAGGAUUAUCAAGCUCAAGAAGAAAUACGGCUGCACAAAAGACGACAACAGCCUUGCACUCACACGCUUAAAGAAUGAAGUCGUCCAUGAGUUGUCCCAGGAGAAUAGCUGGCUGACCGCACUGCUCUGUAAACUCAAGGCUUGGAAUCGAUGGAGACUGGUGGUCGAGCAGGAGAAGCUUCACCACCAGCUGCUUCAGGCUCAGCAGAGGGAGAUCACCAGCCGCACCGAGGCACUCAGGGUGAAGAUGAUAGCAGAGGAGGAAGUGCUGUUCCUACAGGAGGAGUUGGACGUCGCCCGGCAGGUGUUGACCCGCUGUCAGGCCGAGUGCAGCAGCACCAAGAAGAAAAAGAAGGUACUACACUCCACUGCUGCCACACAUCCCUGCUGUCCAAACAUUAAGCUUGUGUAG